GGCAAGUGCAAGAACCGGUGCUCGCAGAAGGUGGCCGGGCGGUGCAUGGGGCUGUGCAUGAUGUGCUGCGGCAAGUGCGCCGGCUGCGUGCCGUUGGGGCCGCUGGCCCCCAAGGACGAGUGCCCCUGCUACCGCGACAUGAAAUCCCCCAAGAGCGGCCGCCCCAAAUGCCCCUAGGACUACCACCAUUCAUCUAUUUUUUUAAGGUGAAUGGGGACGUAGGAGAUGGAUCUUGACGAGCCGAGUGCGUGGGAUUUAGGGGUUCCCCUUGUUUGUAAGCUUUGAUUUGUUCGGAAAUCGGAACCCCAUAUGCUUCUUUUGAAAUAUGUAAGGUAGAAAAUGAUACGUUUGUUUUCAA